AUCUCCAAGCAAUAGCAUGAUUCGAUAUUAUUAUGCACAAAAAGCACAUACUCAAAGAGAGAGAGAGAGAGACCCAACCAAUGAACCAAGGCAUCUCUCUCGCAUUGUUCUAGAGAGAGAAAGGGAGAGAUGAAACUUAUCACAGAACGGACCGUGGGUGGUGCGGCUGGGGUGGGGGGAUGCGACGGUGCAGAAGGAGAAGUGGUCGUGGUGGGGAUGAAGUUCGAUGCAGAGAGUAGAGAAUUGCUGACAUGGGCACUAAUGCAAGUUGCAAAGCCAGGUGACCUUGUCAUUGCUCUUCACGUUCUUGAUUCUAUCGCUGGAGGCACAGCAUCACUUCUUUCUCUGGUGAAGGCAUUUGAUUCCCUGUUGGCAGUGUAUGAAGGUUUCUGCAACUUGAAGCAGGUAGAUUUGAAGAUACAAGUGUGCAGAGGGUCAUCUGCCAAGAAAAUUCUGGUAAGAGAAGCAAAAUCAAGUUCUGCAGCUAAGGUUAUUGUGGGGACUUCUAAGGCCCAUCACAAAAUCCAUUCAUCAACCUCAGUGGCAAAGUAUUGUGCCAGAAAUUUGUCAAAGAGUCUUUCUGUUUUUGCUGUUAGUAAUGGCAAAAUCAUAUUCCAAAGAGAAGCAACUGUUCAUCAUCUACGAGAUAAAUUGAACCAAAAGAGUCACAAUUGUACACAUGAAUCCCAGAACAAAAUUUCUGAAGAUAGUCCUUUACAGUUAGCAUUCCCUGAUAAUUCUGGAACUGAUUUGCUCGACGAAACACAUGAGGAUGGUGAUGUUGAUAAUUCAUUGGCUUUGGUACCAGUCCAAACAAGUGAGGCUGUGUCAAAUUUCAGUUCUGCUGUGGUUGAAAGACCACCAGACUGUAAAAAGGGUUGGUCAAUUCUUCGCCGGAUAUUUCUACCCAAGCGAAGACACAGAGAGAAAACUAAUGUAAAAAAGAAAUCUGCAGUUAAAAGGGUAUUGAAAUUGCCAAGCUCAAAUUCUUCAUCAGUAGUGUAUCCUGAUAAGAAACAGAACAUGUCAUACAUGAAAGAAGAUCACUGUUCCAAUUUGGAAGGAGAUUGUGGAGCAAUUGUGCCUAUGAUGGGGCCUAAGGUGGCUUGGUCUCCCAUCUCACCCUGUCAUGGUUCAAAUGCCCUUCCUGAAGAGUUGAAAGAUCUACACGAGAAAUACUCAUCAUCAUGUAGAUUAUUCAGCUAUGAGGAACUUUGUUUGGCCACAUCUAAUUUCAUGCCUGGUUUGUUUUCUUGAUCACUAAUUUUCACCUGGGCACAUCUUGUUUA